AGUUUCGAGGUUCGCAGCUUUGCCACAAGAGUUAUUGAAUUAUUGCAUUCUUUCGAACUGUACUUGCCAUGUCUGGCGGUUAUUCAGCCACCGUUCCAGCCACUAUGAAGGCGGCUGUGGUCGAAGAGUUUGGAAAACCGUUGGUGAUCAAGUCGGUUCCAGUUCCAGAACCCGGACAUGGAGAAGUCUUGGUGAAGGUCAUUGCAUCAGGAGUUUGUCAUACGGAUUUGCAUGUCAGAGACGGUGAUUGGCAUGUGAAACCAAAGUUGCCCAUCAUUCCGGGGCAUGAAGGUGCAGGCGUGGUUGUGAAACUGGGCCCCGGAGUCACUACUCUCAAGGUGGGCGAUCGUGUAGGACAUGCUUGGCUACAUGACAGCUGUGGUGGCUGUGACUACUGCCUGGCAGGAUGGGAGACAGUCUGUGGAAACCAGCACCAGACUGGUUUCCUUGCCAAUGGUUGCUUUGCCGAGUACACCAUUGCGGAGGCCAACUAUGUGGGACGCAUCCCGGACAACGUGAGCUUUGCCCAGGCUGCCCCCAUCCUAUGCGCUGGAGUCGCCACCUACAAGGCCCUGAAGGAAACAGAAGCCAAACCUGGACAGUGGGUGGCCAUCAUAGGAGCUUGUGGUGGAUUGGGCCACGUAGGUUGUCAAUACGCCAAGGCCAUGGGCCUGAAGGUUUGUGCAAUUGACUUUGGACCAGAGAAGAAGAGCUACGCUCUCGAAACCUUAGGGUGCGAUGCGUAUGUGGACAUCAAAGACAAGAAAGGUGAGGAAAUUGUUGAUGCUGUGAAGGCUGCGUGCGAUGGUGUGGGAGCGCAUGGCUCAGUGAUUUUGGCACCAGUGCCAGCAGCCUUUCGGCAGGGCGUUGAUAUGCUGCGGCCCAUGGGCACGGCUGUGGGGAUUUCACUGCCUCCAGGUGAUUUCCCUGUUGACAUUUUCUCUUUGAUCCUUCACCGAAAGACCGUGAGAGGCUCCAUUGUGGGGACAAGGAAGGAUUUGAACGAGUGCCUCACUAUUUGUUCAGACGGGAAGAUCGUGUGCACCGUUGAGGAAAGGAAGUUGGAAGAUAUCAACCAAAUCUUUGAUGACAUGGUCCAUGGCAAGAUCAAGGGCCGAUGCGUGCUCCGUGUGGGUCCAGACCCUUAGUACAGUAAGCCUUCGUUUCGACUUCUACAGAGGAUUCACCUGUGGUGAAGCUCUGAUUCAUUGCACGUAUCGCACAGUCGCACAGACGUGUCCCGAAGUAGUGGACCACUGCUUCGUUGUUCCUGUUUUCCACAAAGGCUUUUGCUUUGGUUUCCAUUGGAGCCUACAGAGGUCCAGGUGUAAUACCCGUGGACCUUUGAGUAUUUGUUACAGCCAAUUGCUUGAAGAACGACAGUUGCAUCACAGAGCUGAAGUGACGCAGUGCCAAGUAGUACCAUGGUGGGCCAGGUGGGUGUCCCAGUCAC